AACAAAGAAAGCAAGGAGGAUACGAAAAAGAAGAAGAAGAAGAAAUGUCAUUGAUAGAAGUUCGCAGCAGUUGCAUUUGGCGGGGUGGCAACGAUGGCCGCUGAUUGGUCGAGAGCCCAGUCAGAAAAGUUGUUUUGGUGAACAAUGGCGGUGGCGGUGCGAUGCAACCAUCGAUCCGCACUCUGAUAUUUAUUCGCUUUUCCUGCUCUUCUUACACCGCGGAGAUAUAAUUAGUUAAUUCAAGAUGCCUCGCUUAGGCCUUGGUUUUGACAUGGACCAGUUCCUGGAACAUUGUCGAAUGACCAAACCCCCUUACGAGUGCCCUCAUGCAUCCUGUGGUAGGAUUUACCGCAGUCUUUCUGGAAUCCAGAACCACAUGACAACGUACGACCAUGAAAAUCCUCCACCAAAUGUUGUUACGCCCAAAUCCGCACGCAAGAAAAAUAUGAAGAGACCUCCUUCCCCUUUAGCUAAUCAGGAUCCAGAGCCUCCAUCGAUACCUUACUCUCACGAUAUGAAAACUGUUGAGUUUGAGGUUGAUGGAAAGCUGACGUGCCUGUCGGUGUACGACCCCAUCGAGAUUUUGUCAAAGGAAGAGUAUGAAGCAUCAAUGCCUCCUGCAUUAGAAGAACCCCCACCACAAGAACAAGCACGGACACCUACCUUGAAGCCAGUACAGUCUAAAACACCUGUUGGUCAGAAUAGCAACAAUGGCAGCACAAAUUCUAGUACAUCAGUGCAGAAACCACCAAAGGGUCGGACAUCUGACAAGGACCGUGGAGUAGAUGUGCAACGGUACACUAUCGAAGACAAGAAAACAAAUAAACUCCCUGAAGCUUCUUUUAGAGUCAUAGAAGAUUAUUAUAAAAACUUACCAGAUGCACCACCACUACCAUCAAACUAUCAUAGGUUCAUUGAAAAAAGCUUAGAAGAAUUAGAUGAAGAAGUGGAGUAUGACAUGGAUGAGGAAGAUCGUGCCUGGCUACAACUUAUUAAUGAACAACGAGCUGUUGAUCAGCUCCCCCCUGUUGAAAUGGAGUCUUUUGAGUUGCUGAUGGACCGACUAGAGAAGGAAUCUUUUUUCCAGGCACAGUCAUGUGGUAGAGACUCUGGAGUUCCAAUUGAUGAAGAUGCUGUUUGCUGCAUAUGUAUGGAUGGGGAAUGCCAAAACAGCAAUGUUAUACUUUUCUGUGAUAUGUGCAACUUGGCAGUUCACCAGGAAUGCUAUGGUGUUCCUUAUAUUCCUGAAGGACAGUGGCUGUGUCGACGUUGCUUGCAGUCUCCAUCUAGAGCUGUAGAUUGUGCCUUAUGCCCUAACAAAGGUGGUGCAUUUAAGCAGACAGAUGAUGCCCGGUGGGCUCAUGUAGUUUGUGCCAUGUGGAUCCCUGAAGUUUGUUUUGCUAAUACCGUGUUUUUGGAACCAAUCGAUAGCAUUGGGAACAUUCCUCCUGCUAGGUGGAAGCUUACCUGCUACAUUUGUAAGCAGAGAGGUGUUGGAGCGUGCAUCCAGUGUAACAAAGUUAAUUGCUAUACAGCAUUCCAUGUAACGUGUGCUCAACAAGCAGGGCUUCAUAUGAAAAUUGACGCUGUUCGAGAAACAAGUGCAAAUGGAACGUCCGUUACUGUUCGAAAAGCAGCUUACUGUGAUAUGCAUACCCCAGCUGACUCCGAUGCGCGUCCUCAGCUUGACGAAAUCAUGGACUCGGCCAAGAAAGCAGCAGCCAAAGCAGCGUCGCGUCAGAAAAUGAAGAAGGCUCGGAAAAUCUUGGCCGAGAAACGCUCAGCAGCGCCCAUUGUAUCAGUCCCCACCAUUCCUGCUGAUCGUCAAAUGCUCCCCUCCUAUAGUGGUGUUGUCAACUUUGUGCCCAUCUUGCCUCCUGAAAAUAUCCAGAAAUUAGCAUCCCUAGUCAACAUAGAAAAGAGAUCUCAGUUCAUGCAUCGCUUACUCGCAUUUUGGACACUGAAACGCCAGUCUCGAAACGGUGUCCCUCUUCUCCGCCGUCUCACAACAUCACAUGCCCGUCGCAGUAAUCGGCAAAUGGAAGAAAAAUCUGUUUGUAUGAGAGACAAAGAGAAGUCUGCCAGCGAUUCAGAAAGGCUACGAGAAGAAAUCAAGUACUGGCAGAGAUUGCGGCAGGAUUUAGAGAGAGCAAGGCUUCUUUGUGAAUUAAUUAGGAAGAGAGAGAAGAUGAAAAGAGAGUUUGUCAGAGUGAGAUCUGAAGAAGUGAAGGUACAAUUGGCACCAUUCGUACAUUUGCUGCUACAAACUAUUGAUUUGAUACAAGAGAAAGAUCAGCAGAUGAUAUUUGCAGAGCCAGUCGAUUUUGAUGAGGUAUUGGAUUAUCUAGAUGUGGUUAAGCAUCCCAUGGACUUGUCUACAAUGCGGCAGAAAGCCCAGGCUCACCAGUAUCAAAACAUUGAUCAAUUCAAUAGUGACUUUGAGCUAAUGAUUGAUAACUGCCUGACUUACAAUGCCAAGGAAACCAUUUUUUAUCGGACUGCUAUUAAGUUAAGGGAUCAGGGUGGUGCAGUAAUUCGUCAGCUUCGAAGAAAUAUUGAGAACAUUGGAUUUGAUAUGGAAACGGGACUGCUGCUGCCACACCGGCCAAAACCAUCACCUGAAUAUUCAGACAACAAAAUCAUCAAAGAAGGUGAAAUGAUUGAUGAAGUACUUUCAACGGAUAUGGAUGAAUCCAUGAGCUAUGAGGACCGGGAGAAGUCUUUGUUAGACCUGCUAGACAAAGCCAACGUGAUAAGACACCCUGUUGCGCGUAUCAAACGUGUGAAAGCCAUCAGGAGGGAAAUUGGUAUGGUGCGUAGGAAACUGUCACUCAAUCAUCAUAAGUCAGCGUACUAUGAUUCUGAUGAAGAUACAGAUAAAGAUGAUUCUGAUGUUGAUGACAGUUCUGUUAUUGAUGAUGAAGCAGAACCUGGUGAACCUGUUCGUCCAAAUACUCCGCCCCCUUUGUCUUCUCAAAUAGUUGGGACGCAUCUUAAACAUCAUACAAGCACUACGUCUCCAAUUACUUCGUUGAGAUCAACACCCUUAAUGGCUUCUUCCCCAAGAAAUAGCCGUGCUCCGAGAAGAAUUGGAAUUAAAAGUGCUUCCAAGACAGAUGAAAAACAACAGCGAAUUGAUAGUUUCUUCACACGCAUUACUAAAACUCCUAUCAGACCACCUCCAGCCGAACAAGAAUCAGUAGCAGCCAUUGCGGAUGAAGCUAAAGCUGCUAAACCUGAUAAAGAAGACUCAGCAAAGGAAACUCCAAAGAAGCGUGGAAGAGGUAGACCUCCAAAACGACUCUGCAUCUCUACAGAACAGACUGUAAAUGCAACAACUAAAAUAGUAGACAGUGAUAUUGGUGAAACUGCAAAUAGCACAAAAGAAGGUCAUGAAGAUGGGCCAGAUGAAGGGACCCCUUCUGUACCAAGUUCACCUUCAGGAGUAAAUCGGCGAACCUCUGUGCUUUUCACCAAAAAAGCAGGAGCACUUUUUAAGAAGCCAGAUAAUUCUCCACAGAAGCGCGUAUCUCGCCAGCGUCGGGGAUCUGAGGGGAACCAGGACACCAACAGUGACACUGAAAGUCAGUGUUCUGAAAAAGGGGUGAAAACAACAAAGAAAAAGAAGGGUCCACCUAUGACUGCAAAAACCAGUUCAUCAUCUUUGUCGUUUCCAGAUGGCAUAUCCAUUUUAGAUCUAGAUGCAGGGGUGCCUCCUGCCAAGGAUUCCUUUAAAAUGUACAGACAGGGGGGAGAUAUCCCUCCAGAAACUGAUGAAGAUACACACUCUGAGUCUAAUUCAACACUAAGUGACACAGAAGAUGACACAGCAACAGACACAGAUUCAGAGGGUGGAGGCAGUGAGACUGAUUCAAGUGGAGAUGGCGAUUCCCCUGGAUCAGAACCAACGGGAGAUCAGAUUCCAUUAGAACCUCUAGACCUCGUUUGGGCCAAAUGUCGAGGAUACCCUUGGUAUCCUGCAUUAAUCAUAAACCCAAAAAUGCCAAAGACUGGUUACUUUCACAAUGGUGUGCCCAUUCCUGUUCCGCCGGAUGAUGUGUUGGCUUUAGCCAACAAUUACCCAUCUCCUAUGUAUUUGGUUCUCUUUUUUGAUAAUAAACGAACUUGGCAGUGGCUGCCACGUGUUAAAUUAGAACCUCUAGGUGUAGAUUCAGCAUUAGAUAAAGCCAAACUAGUUGAAUCUCGGAAACCAGCUGAGAGGAAAGCGGUCAAGAAAGCCUACGAGAAAGCUAUUUUACACCGGUGUCGAGUCACAGGAGAAAACACUGGACUCAGUGGAGAAUCAGACAACGAAGAAGCCAGCUAACUCUGGCAUGUCAUAAUCGCUCUUUAUUUUUCUAUGUCCCGUUAACUUUCACAGCACAAAAAAGUGCUGAACUAAGGAGUAACCUCUUCCCUUUAUUGCCAUGCUCUUCCUUUUCCAACAUGGCAUGUUUGCGUUUUUUUUUUUUUUUUUUU